AUGUAUCGCACGCAAAAAAGCAAAAACGUCAAAUCCUCGGAGAAAAAGGAACUUAAUUCUAAAUUUUAUACGAAAUUGCCCCACGAGGGCGUUUGGGUUACCGGUACAUUGCUCAACCAGUCCGGACUGCAAACUGUCAUAGAGCUUGGCGAUUUUGUGGCGACGCUCCGUCGUGACACGGAUCAUGUGCGUUCGCGCCCGGCCGAUACCAUCACUGUUGAAUACUCAAAUGAGAGUUCGGAAAAUCACGAAGAAACAAACAGUGACACAACAUAA